AUUUUGGUUUGCUUGCAAUGUUAUUCACUGUUAUUGUAAUGGGCGAGAUUAGGUUAGGUUUGUUGUUUAUUGUUAGUAACAUCACAUUUUAAGUAAAUUUGUGGAAUCAGACUACUAAAUUUCAUUUGCCAAUUGUGUUUUAAUUAAUUAAAAAUAGUUAUAGAAAUGGAAGAUAAUUCAAAACCUGUAUCUGAACAUCAGACUUUGUUUCACAAUGAUCCAUUUUUGGAUAACCUAGCCAGAUACUUUAUUGGUAACAAUACUAGGUAUAGAGAAAAUAUAAUAAUUCCUAGAACCAUGGGCCCUGUUGUAAUUAAGACCAAUGAAGAAAAACUUAUUGAAGCUGGAUUUGAAAGUUGUGCAUUUAAGACUACCAUGAGCUGUGUAGCAGGAUUUGGACUUGGGGCAGCUUUGGGCUUGUUCUCUUCAAGUGUGAAUCCAACCAUAGUCCCAGGCCAAGAGCUCAAAACACAAACUGCACGAGAAAUUCUGCGUGAGAUGAAGGGAACCAUGUUGAGCUAUGCCAAAAACUUUGCCAUGGUCGGAGCGAUGUUCUCAGCCAUUGAAUGUGCAAUAGAGACACAUAGGGGGAAAUCUGAUUGGAGGAAUGGAACAUACGCAGGUGGAGUUACUGGAGGAUUGAUUGGACUAAGAGCGGGAGUGAAAGCAGCUGUUUUGGGCGCAGCAGGAUUCGCCGCAUUUUCCACAUUGAUCGACUACUACAUGCACAGUUAAUAAUUAUUGAAUGUGAGGUUAUAUUAUUUAGACUGUACUAUCUGUAAUAUAAAUGUUUUAUAGUCGUU